GUUUAUAUAACCGUCGAUUACGGUAAAACUUCUGAAGUCGGGCCAGGGUGGUAAGUGCAGGUAGGCAACAUUUAGUCCUGGAGCCUUCAGGAUGAGGUUGGGUCAGCUGAUUGUUCCAGCUCUGGUCACACUCCUCUUCCUCCUCUCUGGGCUCUCCCUGACUGUUGCCUGCAAUAAAGCACUGUGUGCUAGUGAUGUUAGCAAAUGCCUUUUACAGGGAUUGUGCCAGUGCCGUCCAUCUGAGGGGAACUGUUCGUGUUGUAAGGAGUGUAUGCUGUGUUUGAGUACACUGUGGGAGGAAUGCUGUGACUGUGUGGGGAUGUGUAACCCUAGAAACUACAGUGACACCCCUGCCACAUCUAAGAGCACUGUAGAGGAACUUCACCAGCCAAUCCCGUCUCUCUUCCGAGCUCUGACAGAGGGAGAUGCACCUAUAAACAUGAUGGUUGUGUCCUUCCCUGUUGCUGAGGAGCUCUCUUAUCAUGAGAACCUGGUCUCAUUCCUGGAGACACUCAAUGACGCACAGCAUCAGAAUGUCUCAUUGCCUGGCAACAGCAUCCAUGCCAACUAUGAAAAUCGAGACAACAUGUGCACAGUGGUCUACUUUGAUGACUGUGUGUCUAUACGCCAGUGUAAACUAUACUGCGAGUCAAUGGGAGCAUCAAAGUACCGCUGGUUCCACAAUGCCUGCUGUGAGUGCAUUGGACCUGAGUGUCUGGACUAUGGCAGCAAGGCAGUCAAAUGCAUGAACUGCCUCUUUUAA